GAGAGACGCAGGAGCUGAGGACUCCUCACCGCAAACGCAGCAAAGACCCGCAUCUGUCCGGGACCUCCGCAGGAAGUGGACUGAGUGGGACACGGGACUCGGGACUAAUACACAACAAGAGUGAACACCUGAAACGACACCUCUGAAACACGGUUGCUGCUCUGCUCCUCGGCUGGAGGAGCGCUGAGAGAUGGAGGCGUCGCUGAUCAUUCUCCUCUGCGUGCUGGCUGCUGCCGUCGGCCAGGAACCGGACCAGAGCCACGGCUGUGCCCAUGGCAGCUGUUACCCAGCAACCGGGGACUUGCUGAUUGGACGAGAGAAGAACCUGAAGGCCUCGUCAACAUGCGGGAUGAGGAGAAAAGAACCAUACUGUAUUGUCAGUCAUCUGCAGGAUGAGAAGAAGUGUUUUGACUGUGACUCUAGGCGGCCGUAUGACCCGGUGUACAACACCAUCAAUCAUCGGAUAGAAAACGUCAUCACUGCCUUUAAACCUCAUCGCAAGAAGUCCUGGUGGCAGUCCGAGAACGGGAAGUCUGAUGUUUUCGUCCAGCUGGAUCUGGAAGCAGAGUUUCACUUCACUCACCUCAUCAUGACCUUCAAGACUUUCCGUCCAGCCGCCAUGCUGAUUGAGCGGUCAGCAGAUUUUGGUCGCACCUGGCAGAUCUAUCGCUACUUCUCCCACGACUGCUCGACCACCUUUCCUGGAGUGUCCCAGGGUCCUUUACGCAACAUUAAUGAUGUCAUCUGUGAGUCGCGCUACUCUGACAUCGAGCCGUCAACAGAGGGAGAGGUCAUCUACAGAGUGUUGGAUCCAGCCAUAAGGAUUCAGGAUCCCUACAGCCUGAGCAUCCAGAACCAGCUUAAGAUCACCAACUUGAGAGUGAACUUCACUAAACUUCACACCCUGGGAGACAACCUAUUGGACCCUCGAGCUGAAAUCAGAGAAAAGUAUUACUACGCCAUAUAUGAGCUUGUCGUUCGAGGAAACUGCUUUUGCUAUGGCCAUGCCUCAGAGUGUGCCCCGAUUGAAGGCGUCACGAAUGAUAUCGAGGGAAUGGUUCAUGGCAGGUGUGUGUGCAACCAUAACACCAAAGGUUUGAACUGUGAGCAGUGUGAUGACUUCUACAACGACCUGCCGUGGAGACCAGCCGAGGGACGCAACAGCAACGCCUGCAAGAAGUGUAACUGUAAUAGCCACUCCAGCGUGUGUCACUUUGACAUGGCGGUGUAUUUGGCUAUGGGAAAUGGCAGCGGAGGAGUGUGUGACGACUGUCAGCACAACACCAUGGGACGCAACUGUGAGAUGUGCAAACCUUUCUACUACAAAGACCCUGUUAAGGACAUCAGGGACCCUCGGGUCUGCAUAGCUUGUGACUGCGACCCAGAUGGUUCAGAGAAUGGAGGAAUGUGCGACAGCCACACUGACCCUUCCCUCGGCAUGGUGGGAGGUCAGUGCCGCUGCAAACAAAAUGUGGAGGGCCCGCGAUGUGACAAAUGUAAGAGCGGCUACUUCGGCCUGAGUGCAGACAGCCCUCAGGGAUGCCAACCUUGCCGCUGUGAUCACAGGGGGACAGUGUCAGGUAACUCCCAGUGUGACCCGGUCAGUGGAGACUGCUUCUGCAAGCGUCUUGUCACCGGACGCAGCUGUGACCAGUGUUUGCCUGAACACUGGGCUCUGAGCCACGACCUGAACGGCUGCAGAGGCUGUGAGUGUGACAUCGGAGGAGCUCUGGACAACCACUGCUCCAUGGAGAGCGGUCAGUGUCGUUGCCGCAGUCACAUGACAGGACGCCAGUGUACACAAGUGGAGUCUGGAUAUUACUUCAUGGCUCUGGAUCACUUCCUGUUUGAGGCCGAGCUGGCCAAAAUGGGGCAGGGCUGUACCCUGGAGACCAGAGAGCACCAGCCAGGUCGCCCCGCAUCAUGGACGGGCAUUGGGUUUGCCCGGGUACCUGAAGGUGGCACCCUGGAGUUCACCAUCACUGACAUCCCCUACUCCAUGGAAUAUGACCUGCUGGUCCGCUAUGAGUCACAGAUGCCCAGAGACUGGGAGGAGGUGCGUAUAACGGUGGUCCGCCCAGGCCUGAUUCCCACCAGCAGUCCCUGUGGAAACACCAUCCCAGAUGAUGACAGAAUCACAGUCUCUCUUCCUGCUGGAGCCAGGUUUAUGGUCCCUCCUCAGCCCGUGUGUCUGGAGAGAGGAGUGACUUACACCCUUCGAUUUGAGUUCAGACGCUAUCAGGAUGCUAACAGCAUCCUCAACGGAGCUGCCAACGCUGUCAUUCUCAUGGACUCUAUUGCCUUGAUGCCGCGUCACUCCUCCAUGGAGAUGUUUAACGCCGGGGAUCCAGCUUCUAACCUCAGGAAGCAGACCUACGAGCGCUACCGCUGCUAUGAGGGCGCCAAGAGUGUGACCCGCCCACUGAUGAGUGACACCUGUGCCAAACUUAUCACCAGCAUGUCUGCCGUUGUAAAUGACGGUGCUCUGCCGUGUAACUGCGACCCCCAGGGGUCCAUGAGCUCUAUGUGCGAUGUCCGUGGGGGCCAAUGCCGCUGCAGGCCAAAUGUGAUUGGUCGACGCUGUGAGCAAUGUGCUCCAGGAACUUAUGGCUUUGGACCCUCAGGCUGCAUAGCCUGCGGUUGCAGCUUGGAAGGCUCCGUGACUCGACUUUGUCACAAGUUCACCGGUCAGUGCCAGUGCCGUCCGGGAGCAUUCGGACAGCACUGUGACGGAUGUCAGGCGGGUCACUGGGGCUUCCCCAGCUGCAGACCGUGCCAGUGUAACGGACACGCAGAUGAAUGCGAACAGAAGACUGGAGCCUGCAUCCGCUGCAGGGACAACACUGGAGGAGACAAGUGUGACAGGUGUGCAAAUGGUUACUAUGGAAACCCAAUUUUGGGCAUAGCAUCUGGAGGUCAGUGCCGUCCAUGCCCCUGUCCAGACGGGCCCAACAGUGGACGUCACUUUGCUGCAUCUUGUUACCAGGACAACCGAAACAGACAAAUUAUCUGCAACUGUAACCAAGGUUACACAGGUGCCCGAUGUGAGGAAUGUGCCCCAGGUUACUUUGGAAACCCCUCUCAGCCCGGGGGGCGCUGCCAGCCGUGCCAGUGCAACAACAACAUAGACAUGUCAGACAUGGAGGCCUGUGACAGGCGGACCGGAGAGUGCAGGAAAUGCCUUUACAACACCGAGGGCCAAAACUGUGGCAUCUGCAAGAGCGGUUACUUUGGGGAUGCAUCCAGACGCAACUGCAGGAAGUGCACAUGUAACUUCCUGGGCACUGAUAACAGCCAGUGUAUGCAGCGUGAGGACUGUGUGUGUCAGCGUACCACAGGACAGUGCCAGUGCCUAGCGAACGUCAUGGGUCUCACAUGUGAUCACUGUGCCCCAAACCACUGGAACCUGGCGAGCGGGAGAGGCUGUGAAUCCUGCGGCUGUGAUCCCAACAACUCGGUCACCUCCUCGUGUAAUGAGUUCACUGGGAAGUGUCAGUGCAGAGAUGGCUUUGGAGGGAAGACCUGCACCGACUGUCAGGAAAACUACUGGGGAGACCCCAGGACUCAGUGCAGAGCUUGUGACUGUGACUGGCGUGGCAUCGAGACCUCUCAGUGCAACACGGUGACCGGUCACUGUGUUUGCCAGCAGGGGGUGUCAGGUGUCCGCUGUGAUCAGUGUGCCAGAGGCUUCUCUGGCCAGUUUCCAAACUGUCAGCCCUGUCACCAGUGCUUUGGGGACUGGGAUCGCAUUGUGCAGGAUCUGGCAGUGCGUACAAAGACUCUAGCAGAGCGUGCACAUGAGAUUCAGACCACAGGGCUUACUGGGCCCUAUGAGAAAGCCUUCAGGGACCUGGAGGAGAAGCUGGCAAAGGCUCAGGGGAUUGUCAACGCACGCAAUGCCACUGCUGCAGCCGUCUCUACUCUCAUGGAGCUUAUUGAAGAUCUAAGAGCUCAGAUCAGUGAGACCACUGACGCCCUGAACCGCGUAGAAGGAGACUUGACCAUUGUGCAGGACAGCAACUCUGAGGCGAGCAAGGAGCUGAGUGCUCUGGAGAGAGAGGCCAAAGAACUAAACCUUACUUCAGAGCAGCUACACCGUCAACUGGACAUCCUGAAAAACUCGAACUUCCUAGGUGCGUACGACAGCAUCCGUAGCUCCUACAACAAGUCUCAAGAUGCAGAGCGGCGUGCCAACGAAUCAACAACCACCAAACCCAACACAGUCAGCCAAUCUGUGGACACUCGCCGCCGAACUGAGCGUCUCAUCAGCGCCAAGAAGGACGACUUCAACCGGAAAAAUGCUGCGAACAAGCGUGCUCUCGGAGACCUCAACACCAAAACACAGAGCCUGGACAUGAAGAAGCUGAAUGAGAAGAUUUGUGGCGCCCCUGGUGAUGCUACCUGUGAGGAAAGCCCGUGUGGGGGCGCGGGUUGCCGUGACGACGAAGGGAACCGACACUGUGGAGGGCUGAACUGUAACGGCGCUGUAGCAGUAGCUGACAAUGCUCUGGAGAGAGCCAAACAUGCAGAGAGUGAGCUGAACAAAGCUAUGGAGGAUGUGGAGGGACUCUUCACCAAGGUGGCAGAUGCCAAGACCAAGGCUGAGGAGGCAAAGAGUAAAGCCCAAGCUGCUCUGGACAAAGCCACCGCCACCAAGAACAAAGUGGAGCGCUCCAACAAUGACCUGAGAGACCUCAUCAAACAGAUCAGAGAAUUCCUCACUCAGGACGGAGCAGACCCAGACAGCAUUGAAGCAGUGGCUAACCGUGUGUUGGAGCUCUCCAUCCCAGCUUCACCCCUACAGAUCAGACACCUCGCUGAUGAAAUCAAGGAACGGGUCCGUAGCCUUUCCAAUGUAGACGCCAUCUUGGAGCGGACACAGGAUGAUGUUCGAAAAGCAGAACAACUGCUGCUUGAUGCCAAGAGAGCAAGACAUAAUGCUGAGGGUGUGAAGACCACAGCAAAGACCGUGAAACAGGCCCUGGAGGAUGCUAAGACUGCACAGACAUCUGCAGAAAAGGCCAUCGCGAGAGCCAAAGCUGAUAUUGGGGAGACUGAGGCCCGACUGGCACAGAUUGAGUCGGAGACGUCCAACAGUGAGAAGGAUUUGACUGAUGCCAUGGACCGGCUGGGCACACUGGGACAGGAGAUCACCGCCCUGAAGACCAAACGUGCCAACAACAGCAUGGCAGCGGCCCGCGCAGAAGAGACCGCCACCAUGGCUCGAGACAAGGCAAACGAAGCCAAGCAGAUUCUGGACGGCCAGCUGACAGAUAAAUACCAUGAGGUGCAGCAGCGGGUCGACACAAAGGCCAAGGCUGUGAAGGACGCCAAGAAAAGAGCCGAGAGCCUCAGAGAUGAAGCUAAGGAGCUGCUGAGAGAUGCCCAGAACAAGCUGCAGAGACUAGCAGAGCUGGAGAAAAACUAUGAAGACAACCAGAGGAGGCUGGAGGGGAAAGCUCGUCAGCUGGAUGGCUUGGAGGACAAAAUGAAAACCAUCCUCAAUGAUAUCAACAAACAGAUCCAGAUCUACAACACGUGCCAAUAAUCCACCACUCCACGUCAUAAGAACUGUCGGGAUUUUCUGCCGUUUUCUCCAGAUUCACAAGCUGUAAAAUAGACUUUCAGAACACAACCCAAAAAUCUGCCAGUGAAUAUGCAUACUGUAGUCUGUUUGUUUGUUACGAAGGCGUUUAAUACAGUUACGAUCAUAUUUAGAUAUUUAUAGCCAUGGUGCAACAAAAGGUUGUCUGAUUUCACAUAUUUAAUUUUCAAUCUUAAUUUGAGUGCACAUUUUUGUUUGGAGAAUAAUCUGGAAAUUUAUUUUAUAAUGUUCUUUAAACAUCUGCUGACUGAUCGAUGUUAUCCAUUGUAAACAGUCUGUUAUUUAACUAUGCAUUUUUUUUUACAUACUUAGAGUGACUGUAACAGAAUCAACAUGUUUAUAUCAUUUUCUAAGAAGGCUUUGUUACUACUGGAAGUGUAACCUGAGCUGUGCUCAAGAAAGACACCUUCAUUAAACCUGCAUCAGACAGUGUAAACAACUGAAGAUCUAAUACUGUUUAAAUGUGUUGUUCAAGGACAUACAUUUAAAGUAUUUUCAUAAAAAAAAGUGUACCAACUGUGUUGAUUGGAAUCAUAUAUUUUGUAACACAUCUGCCUUUAUACAAAUGACUUUGAAUCAAAGAUAGGACCUUUGUGUAUGUGAAAAGGGGUGACUAUAUUUCCUCUGACAAUACAUAUAGACGAGCACAAAAAGCACCUCUGCCUGGAGUGUGAGGAUGGCUGUACACUACUGUCACACAGGAAUAAGGUUGAUGGUAGUGUAUGCUCAUAGUGUAUGCUGGCAGCUUAGCCUGGGUGAUGCAACUAUCAAUCAAUAAAUAAGCCGGUAUCUAGUUGAACAUUCAUCCGGAGUGGAGUAUCUCAGCUACUGUUUUAUAGAACAAAUGAAAUAAAAAACCUUUUUUGGGGGAAAGGAAAUUCCCCUUUAUUACCCCCAGGACACACUUAAAGGUAGUUAAAGAUAUUUUAGAAAUGCCAUGUUGUCUUUGUUCUUCAGAAUUAAAUGAAUAGUUACUCCAGCUAGCUGUCUGUUAGCAAAACUUAGCAUCCAGAAGGCCUGGCUAGCCUGGCUCUGUUUAAAAGCAGAAAAAGAAACCUUUUCACCUCUGUACGUCAUCAAUUAGCAAGCUAAAGAAAAUGGGCAGGCUGCUUGUGGAGACCCCUCAUGGUCAGUAAAAUAAUCCAGCACAUAACUCUCUGUAAAAAUGCAACUAGAGUAGAACCAGGCUAGCUAUUUCCACCUCUUUACAAUCCUCCUGUCUCAUAUAAUUGACAAAUGUACGUGAUAUUUAUAAAAUUGUCUGAUUACAAGAUUGUUAGAAUAUCCUCUUUUGUCAUUGCCAGAAUUAUUUUUUGAUAAAUCUAUACCAGCAAUGCAUGGAGUGUGAAUGUUUAUCUAUCACAUGUAGCCUAACUGUGAUUGAAUAUUUGUGACCUGCAGUAUUCUUCACUGAAUGGUAUUCUAAAGGGAAGUACAGUCUUCACACUGUGUGCCUUAGAGUCUUGGACAUGUACUCAUGAACUAUUUGUAUGACCUUUUUUGUUGUGUCAGAAACAAAACAAACCAAAAAAAUUACGUUGUCAGCAUAUUUCCCUCGGAUCACUAAUCAUCCCUCAGACCCAAUAUGUUGACGAGGAACUGCCAAAGAAAGAAAUCCAAUCAGUAAAGUAAAGUUGAACUGUAUACAGUUUUUGAAUAAAUGUUGCACAGUGUAUUCCUGAA